AUGUGUCAGUCAUUUUGAAAUCACCUUUAAAUUUUUUUUUACGUACGAAUUCGACGUAUACAUUUUUUUCGUUGCUCAUCUUAAACCGGUUUCCUUAAGUUAAAGCUUUGUAAACUACGCAGUCAAAUUCGCGCCUUCAUCAUUAUAGCAACUGAAAUUUCUUAUCUAUUUAUGUCAUCUCUUAACAAGAAGGUGAUUUUUACACGAUCAUGGAUAAUUUUAAAACAAUUUGGAUAAUAUGAUCUGACCACCGUAUUUUUAUUGUUUGUUUUAGCUGUUAUUUUAGAAGAGGUGUAGCCCGCACCAUGUCAUCAAACUUACUAAUGAAAUUGUCAUGAAUAUAGCAGAACUCUCUUUAAUUCAAUUUAUAUGUUUUGGGUUAUUCAAAUAUUCUGCAUUUUUGACAAACCACACGGUAAGUGAAUUUUUAACAGCAUUUACAUUAAUUUUUUUUCUGUCUGCGUCAAUCCCCAUUCUCACGCGAUAGCAAGGCUUGCCAAUUUUAUUCAGUUUUUUUAGUCACUAAAACGCAAUCAGUUUGUGAUAAAACAGGUUUUCGACGGAAUUCACUAAUUGCGUGGGAAAAAACCUGGAAAAUAAUGCACGUGUUAUUGAAGUAGCUGAGGUAGCCAUGGAACAGUGGUGCGUAUUGUGUUAAACUGUCACUGACUUCCGUUCAUCUCUUCCGACCCUUCUGGGUAAGACUAAAUACGUCAUUUAUAAUUUUUCCAUUGUUUUCGUUACCUCUUGGUGGAACCAACUUGAAAAUCUGCUUUAAAAAAAUCACCGAAGAUCGUAAGUUUACUCUGGUAAAAAAUUUUUGUAAGCUGAUAUUUGCGCUUCCUUAAAGAAUUAGCAGUUUUCAUGCUGACACUAAAGCAUUUUACCAUAGCAACUGUUAGCGUGAGGUUCCCAAGUCUUAGGCAUAACGUAGCUUUCCACACAUUGUUAAUUUGCAAUGCAUGGAUUACAAUUCGACAAAUACUUAGGCAGUUAAACUACGAAUUGACGAUGUGUGACUGAUGAAGGUUUUGUUUUGUGGUGAAACGACGCGAAGCCAAUCGACUUUGAUCUUGAAAACAUAUAAACAACUUCUUAAUCGCACCAGCAAAAGUCUACAAACUUCGAAAACCUGCCAGAAUUACUUUCACAAUCCACAGAAUACGACGUUUGGAGCAGUAUUUACAGCGGUCACAAUGGCGAACACAAGACCGCGUUUCUCACAGUUUGUUAAUCACGAUGUCAAUCCAUCAGUUUCUUCAAGAUGCGAGCCAUUUUCGUUCACGUAUGAAAAUUUAUACAAAUGUUUGUAUCAACGUAAUGAAGAAUCAACCAGUCAAGCAACUGCAGGGAAAGUGACAAGUGCACCGGGGCGAAAAGGUUCAGUGUCAACGUCUAAAAUAACAACGAAAAAGAAAAAUAGCGAAAAACCGACGUUUGCAAAAUCAUCUUGCCCGGAUGAACUCGAUCUUUGUCCAUCAACCACUGGUUUUCAAUUAGGAAUCCGCACAAAGCAAAUUAUCCCAGAAGGAACUUGGAUGGGUCCAUAUCAAGGCAAUAUUGUAAAACCUAAAGAAGUCACCGCCGCCACGGAUACCUCAUACAUGUGGGAGAUAUACGAAAAUGGUAAACUGCUUCAUUAUGUGGACGGUAGAGACGAAAACACGUCUAGUUGGAUGCGUUUUAUAAGAUGCGCUCGUCACAAAGAGGAACAGAACCUUUACGCGUUUCAAUAUAACAAAGAGAUUUAUUACAGAGCAUUUGCAGACAUUCCUGCAGGCUCAGAACUACUGGUGUGGUACGAAGAUACAUACCCACAGUACAUGGGUAUACCACUCAAGAUCACCGAUAUCAGUUUAGAGGUUUAUGGCGCAAGUUCUUCAGCACAUUGUGGUUCACCGGUCGAGCUUAGACCACCAAAGGAAUUCUCUGGCUGGAAAAACAUCCCACAAAUGUCACCCCAUAAAUCACCAGUGAUUCAAAAUUCUUGGUCAGCAGUUGUUUCACUUCCCCCUGAAUAUGCACAAUACCACGCAAAUUAUCUCGUGACUGCAGAUGAUCAUCAAUCUGGUCAUGAGCGAAAGAAACGUCGCCAUUCACAGACGAACCAUUAUGGACAACAGGGCCUAAACUCCCAGCGAAGAGCCAUUGUGAUAAACAGUACUACUGAUGUGCCUGAUCCUUUCUCAAUUCUGGCAAAAGAGAAAUGAAAACGUUCCAUGAAAAAUUGCUGGUCUACAAAGUUAUGCACGCAAGCGCAGCAGUUGAAUUCCUUCGAUCCAUUUCUCGAAGUAAAGAAAGAGGCCCCCACUUGUUGGACAUUGUCUUAGUUUAUUAAAUUUAGACUGGCCUUAUGUUUGCACACUUUUAGAAACUAAACUUACUAUUUCUUUGAUCCAGCUUUGACAUUAUUAUUUUUUAUUUUCAUUUGGCGAUCGAGCACUACCAUAUCAUCGUUACUGAGGAAAACGGAGAAACACGUAAUAGUUCAGACUUGAGAAAUAGAGGAAAUUUGCCAGAAACAUAAACCUUGUAAAUAGUUAAUCUUUCACCGUACAAAAAAAAAAAAAAAAUUAUGGCGCACAGAGACCUGUGACAUGUAAAGAAAAAAAGAUCUUAAAUCUGUAAAUGUUCUAUUUUCCUGCGAAGAUGUUAAACCACUUUUUGUUUAUACUAAGCAACUGCAUGGAUACGUAUUUCCAGAGCAAUCUGGUUCAACCAAUUUCCAAUUGUUAAGAGGUCAUAGAUAACGGUAUUCACUACGAGGAGAAGUUAUAGAUCGUAUUACACGUGUCAGCGAAGACAUCAGCUACAAUAGACAGCAGAACUUUGAUCGGAGGCCACGUCAGGCUAGCCGGGUCGAAACAAGUACAAACAGGAAUCUUCAUACAGCAUUUCUGUCACUCUUUUCAUUUCAGAUUUUUAAUAAAAGAUAUCUCUAAUGACAAAAUA